AUGAGUAGAUCCGCGACAGGUUUAAAGUACAAUAACGUAUAUAUCACACCUAGCCACAUAGAAUUCACGGAAGCCCUAGAAGGCGUUACGUAUCGGCAAUGUAUUACCAUCAAGAACAUCGGAAACAGAUCUGCGUUCAUCAGAAUCCGCCAGCCUCAUUCCAUAGUAUUUCAAGUGGAAACUUCGAAGAAUGACACGCGGUUGAGUCCCGGAUUAAGCUUAAUGGCAUGCGUGACAUACACGUUCAAAAGACCAUCCCUGUUGCACGCGAUAAUCCCGAUCGAGAUUGACGGGGAGGUUCUGGACUAUCGUGUGCUGUGCACAGUCGCCGUCGAAGGCGUCAGCAUCGAGCCGAAGUCGUUAGAUUUCGGUAUCGUCGAUGUAGGCUACAAAUCUGACCUGAUAAUCACCAUCCGCAACAAAGGCGGCAAAAGCACCAGGUUCUCGAUCGAUCUCGGGCAAAACGACUUGGACGUCUCGGUGAAGCCCCUUCGAGGAACGGUCAGACCGUCGAGAGAAGUGACACUGCAGAUCGAAUUAGUCGGCAAGCACGAAGGCGUCUUCUACAGCGAGUUCUGGAUCAAGUCCGUCCCGAACAUCCGCGUUCCCAUCAAAGUGAACGUCAUCACACCGCGACUGGUGGUUUACCAUCCGAAUACGACGGGAUCCUUCACCCUCGUCGAUUUUCCGCCCACCAUAGAGAACACCAGCAGGUAUGACACUUUUGUGCUGCGGAAUCUCUCGUCCCGUGCUAUCAGCUACGUCGUCCUUAACGAGACGGAUAACAGAGUGAAGUGCAUUCGGGCCAUCGAUCACGAGCGAUAUCCGGCUCGCAGCGUCUUCAAAAUCCGCCCGAUCGAAGGACGACUGGACCCGUUCCAAGGCGUCGUCUUCGAGAUUGAAUUUUCGCCGACGAUUAAGUUAUCGCGACAAGAGCAUUCAGGGACAAAACGUGGAAGUGAACAUCGAGGCUGCGAGAGCGGAGAUUUUAUAGUCUUCAUGAGAAUAGUUAAGGUGCAUUGCGCCAAAUCGCGUCGAUUCGAAAUGGAAGAUCUCAUGGACGAUAAAGAAACAGCGACGCAAUCCUCUACCCCGUCGACGUCUCGCUCGUUAAGCAUCGCUUCCGCGGAGGAUGAUGACAUAAUAAGACUCUGUCUCUACGGUGAGGUGGAAACGGCACGGCUUUACAUCGAGCCUAACAUUCUUUAUUUCGGCGACGUGCUCGUCGGCCAAAUAUCACAGCGUGUACUUCGCCUGACAAAUCUUUCAGCCAUCGCGCCGAUAUAUCUGGAGUACGUGCCGAACGCGGCAGCGCGCUGUCGCCCAAAAUUGCUGCAGCUUCAGGCAAAAUCGUCGAUCGAGGUUCUCGUUCAAGUUCGCGGCAAAGAGAGCGUUCAGCCUUCGUUCAAGCUGUGUUUCGACGUCAGGGUGGAUUCUUACAGCGCGACUGCAUCGAGACGUAGCGUUAGAAAGAUAAAAAUCGCAAGAUAUACCGUCGGGUGUACAGUGAACGUUAUUUUGAAGUCUAAAUGGGGAUUUUUGAGUAAAAGAAGUCUGCCAGCAAAAGUGGUAGACGACGACCAAGAAAUCAUGAAACGAAUUCUUCGUGCGCCUAAAUGGAAACACGACGAUUAUCCGACAAUGGUCGAUAGAUUUAUCUGCUGCAUGAAAAAGCCCACUCUCGAGAGAUCGAUUUGCACGAGCAAGGCAGCUGUACUGAUACCUCUAUCGCCCUUGCAAAUAUACAAUAUCCACAUUCACCCGAUCGCGUUCGUCUUCGGCAUGGUAGCACCGAAUAGUCUCAACUAUCGUCAGCUAGUUGCGAGGAACACGAACAAUGUCCCAGUAAUGAUACGAUUGGCGAGCCCGUCGACCGACUGCAUUCACUUUCCCGAGGGUGACUUGAUGAUCUUGCCACCAAACUCGACGAUGACGAAACUAGUCGAGUAUCGUGCGCAAGACAUUGGGAAGUUUAGUGGAUGCAUCGACUAUACGAUUAAUAAUAAUAGCUUCUUCGAUCUCAACGUUACCGCUCAUGUGGUUCAUAAACAGUUACACAUAGAGAAGAAGGAGAUUGAGCUCGGGAAAGAGUGGUCAAGCGAGGAAAUAUAUCGGCCAAUGGCUUCUAUCGUCCGCAUUACAAACAAAUUAGGUGCAAGAACAUGUUUCAGAUGGGAAGUACCGAGCGCCUCUGGAUUCUACAUAGAACCAAUGUCCGGUUCCGUGCGCGGUAACGCCAGUUUACACCUUUACGCGAAUUACACGGCUGACUACGCUAAAGUUAAUUGCGUACAGGCGAUUUUGAAAUGCGAGAGCGGCACUUCUUCGUCUUUGCGGCUCAGCAUACCGCGAUUCGCGCCAAAGGUCGAAUUCAUAGGCGACCACGCGAAUCUCGGAGAGAUACCGCUCAAUCUGCCGACCAAAAUAAUCGCCGUUCUCCGGAACUUCGAUAUUAAUGACGUGGCGUAUGAGGUGGACAGUGCGUCACUGACACGUGGCUGCAACGUUAAUCCGCUCCGAGGCAAAAUACCGGCGCGCGGUAUCGCGAUUCUUGAGGUACACCUUACCUUCGAUGUUUGCUGUAGUUUUUCCGUUGUAAUCGCCGUUACGAUUCAGGAGAGUGCGCGGUUGACUUACAAGAUCAAUGGCAAGGUAUCGUUUCCGCGAUUGAAAAUUUUGCCAGAGCGAAUAGAGAUGAAACGCGUGAGCGCCGAUGCCUGUCACACACACCGGAUAACAGCCACGAAUAUUGGGACAACGAUAUUAGAACUGCAGUUCUUGUUAAAGAAGUAUCCCGAUUUUCGUGUCUCUCUGUCGGCGGACAGUAAAAGUUCCGACGUAGGUGCGGAGAAGAUCAUUAUUGUCCCAGGUGCUAGUCGAAGCCUCUAUUUGCAUUUUCAACCAGUCGACUUAGCCAGCUACUCUUUCUACUUACCGAUGGUGGUAAACCAGCUGCUGGGGCCAGCAUCGAUGUCGAACGCUAGGAGCGUUAGACCGUCGGAAUUUCUGAAAUCACGCGAGAUUCAUUACGCAAAUCUGACGAACUUCGUCAUAACACAGUUGCCCGAUAAGCUGCCCACAAUUACCGUCGACUGUACUGUUGCCGCUCGCGUCGUCUCCUUUAGCAAACUGUUGUUUCAAUUUAACGCCGCGACCAAUCAGUUGUCCGAAGAAUUAUGUAUAGAGAAUCGGGAAACGCCCAGGCGAACAGUGGUGUCCUUAAAUAUUGAGGAAUUCAACCAACUCGAUUGUCCAUUCGCUAUCAAGUGGUCUCGCGGCGCGGAGGUUAGAAGAACGUCCGAUUCUAUCGAGUGCAUCCUACAUCCUGGCGACAGCGUCUACUUCGUUCUCGAGUUCAAGCCGAGUAGACGCGGCAGCUUCAGUGCCGAAGUACCGAUACACGUUCAUGGCGAGCUCGACAGCGGCGUAUUCAAUAAAUUACGUCUAGACGGCGAGUUUCCCGCCAGCACGAUCGACGUAGAACCGACAGAGAUAUAUCUCACGCCUGUUCCUCUAGACAUGACGACAGGCAGGAGGUUUGUGAUUCGAGCAAGGCACUUCGAUAACUCGGUCUCGAUAGGCGUGGACCUUACGUCAGUGUCGCGAUGCAGCGGUGAUUACAAGAACGAUCUGGUUCACGUCGAUUUUCCAAGUGGCAACACUGUUCCUCCUUACUCGUGCAUGGAACUCGAAGGAAUAGUAACGUUCAAGAGUGAUCAACCAGUAUCAUUUUGCUCGACGGUUGCGUUUCGGGAUCAUCACGCGUCCAGCGUAUGUUUCCUAACAGUGUACGCGACGGCGGACAAUAAUUUGUUAACAAUAUACACGUAUCACAUGAGAUCGUCCACUUUCGGGGAUGCGACCGAACGUUUAGAGAAACAUGUUUCCACCUAUUCGAUGAUAUCGUCGAAUAAUAGAACGGAUGAGGCUGAUCAGGCUCGUCCGAGUAAAAGUUCUCUAGGAAAAAUUAUAGACACGAAAUCUCCUUUAUCUCAAAAUGGAGAAGUGGACACCAUCAGUGGUGAGACGAUUAAUAACAACGUACAAACAGACAGGAAAGAAACGACAGGAAAUAAAAAGAAGCAAAUGGAAUUCCGCGAGAGAGAUCCCGCGUUCUCCAUCGAUUCCGAAGCAAACGGUCGCGUGCAUUUUGCAAAAUUAUCGCAUCCAGAUUAUUUUGCUGUUGAGUCGGAUGGCGUUUACGAAAGGUAUGUACGCGACAUAACGGCGACUAUGGAGGAGUGGAUGUAUUCGGGACCCUUGAGAUUUCAGUUUUACCUGAGCAUUCCCCUCGGUGUUACUGCGGCUUUCUCAAAUUACUUGGCGAGGAGGCAAACAAACGUGGGAAAUCCCAAGAGGAGAUCUAACGCAACUAUACCGUCAUUUAUCGAUGUGCUCGAGUCGCUCGUGGGAUCGAGGGCGCGCGAUUAUUUUGGAGAAGAGUCGCGGCGACCCUUGCCGAAAGAUGAUGCCGAGAGAGUCUGUCAUGUUCUACAAUUGUACGACAAGAUGCUUGAUUUCCUUCUGUCUCAUGGAGCAUAUUUAGCUCACAUCUCGGCGCAAUUCCUUUUGAAUUACGACGAUUACCUGAUUAGUACUGAAAUGACGCAGAAUAAUACGCGUAAAAAGAAGCUUAACAACAACGUGGACAAUGUGCAACGCGAACGACUAUCGCGACAGUCAUUUAACUCGCGAAACAAGCAAUGCUGGUUGGACGUGGUCUUGCAAACUUACAAAUGCUUCGUGCUCGCUGGAAUACACGAACGCGAAUACCGGCCAUCGCAAUUCUUCGCCAUGCAUUUCUCGAGGAAGUCCACAGCGCAUAAAGACUCGACAAUACCGUCUACGUCGAGUUCGCCGAGGCAGUGCGAACUGCACGAGAGAUCCGUUCAAAGUAUCGCGAGGUCGUCGAGCAGGAAACCCGGUAAUCGUGGUCCGGAGGAGAGCUUUCUGCUGGCUUGGCUGCAAUACCAUUACGAGCAGCAACGCGUGCGAGAUUGGAUGACCGACCGCCGCGUGAGCUUGAAUCCACGAGAGAAGCUGGACGUAGCCGAGCCUCAACUGGUUCACAAUUUUCACAACGAUUUGUCGAAUGGCCUGGUGUUAAUCGCCCUCACCGCGGCUUACUGUCCCUUUCUCAUUCACGAGUGCUUCGGUGACUUGUACGUCCAUCCGAGGAGCGGUGAGGAGAAAUUGCACAACGCCAUUUGCUUGGUCACCGCUUGGAGAAAGUUAAGACUCGGCUUUGUAAUCACGCCGAUGCAAUUAGCUGACCCAAAUCGAAUUCAGAUGUUGAUGCUGGUGGCCCAUCUUUUUCAAACUCUACCGACAUAUGUGCCCAGUGCCAAAAUAAAAUUGAGCUGUCCGCUAUCCCAAACUGCAGGCAGGCGAAUCGGCGUAUCGAAUCCAACAGAUAACACUAUAAGUUACUUAUUAUCAUUCGUGAACAACACAAAUCGCUUUUUCAACGUCCUCAAUCCUGCGUCGGUUUUACGUUUGAAUAUGCACGAUAACGGGCAAGUGCAAGUACAGUUUCACGCCAGGAAAAUAAAGAAAUGCAGAGCGUACUUGUUAUUUUGUGGACGCGCUAUCGGACCGGACUUCGGGAGCAACCAAUGCAUUGUCUUGGAGGGUCAGAUCGAUGACAUAGGGAUUAUGAACGAGUACACUGUACGCAGCAAAUUGUACGAGAUCGUCGAGACCAGUUUGAGAAUUAACGUGCCUUAUCGAAACGCGGCCGAAUACGACAUAUGGAUGACGGAAGAACGGCCGAAACAUCCAUCUAGUCUACAAAUGGCACGUUGGAGCGAUUUGUGUGCCAGAAAAAUACCGAGGAGGCUUUUCGUCAAUCAAAAGUCGAUAGUCGUCGCCGAAGGCACGUCGGAAGCGCGUUUAUCGAUCAGUGUAGCGUGUAUUGUACCUAAGCAACGAAAAUUUUGGUUGAUCUUCAAAGCGAAAACUGGUGAUUUCAUUAUUCAGAUAAAUUCCACUUGGCAAGUAUCGGUUAACGAUCAUAUUGUCAUCGAGUGGGCAAUUCGGGGAGAGUGCGUUUGCUCAUAUCAGCGAGACAGCGCAAAAGAUAUCUGUCCAUUUAAUUUUAGUGUAUCCGUGCCAUCGCGCAACGUACAACUUUGGAGAUGCGUAGCCGAAAUGUUUCAAAAAACUCUCGAUUCGAGAGAGCGAAUUUUUUGGUCCAAAUAUUUAGAUACGCAAAUCGGACUACGUUUAAUACGACUGUUAAUGGGACACGAUACAGAUUCCGCGUCUUUAGAAUUUGCUCAUAUUUUUGAUAGUGUGGUCACGUAUAAAAUAGCGAUUACAGACAAAUUGAGUCCUCUUGUCGUACCGGAAUGUUUCACUAUACAAGAUGGGGAAAUCAGUUAAAUACCGUUUCAAUCGCUGUCACGACUAGUUGGUGGGACAAAUCCAAGAAUGCAACUAUUUAUUAGUAGACGACAAUUUUAUUAUUUUAACGAGAAAGUUUAACAGACAUGAGGUUUCUGUAUAAUUAUGUUGAUAUACAGAAUACCUCUUAUAAAUAUCAAAAUAAGCGUAAGACGUAAGGCAGUCCAACGGGCAAGUUCCGAUCUCCAUACAUAUCUCACCAACGACUCCUCCAAUGUACGAAACGACGAUGACUUUCACAUCUCUGACUGGUAAAGAACUUCGGACGUAUAUUAUUAAUUGCAUACAGUUAUGAAGAUAAGUAAUCACCAAUGAAGAUAAGUAAUCACUAAUAUAUAAUUAUAAAAUUAACGUGAAAAAUGGUACUAUUUGUAUCAUGAUAACAUCAUUCGAGUGUUUUAUAAAGAAUAUAACUAAAUGAAAUGGCAUUAGACUGAUAUUUGUAGAAUAGGAAAAUGUUCUAUUCAUUUUUCUAGUGUUGCCAUUGUUGCUUUUACUAGUGCAUUACAUCUGAAAAUGCUUCCUUACAAAGUUUAAAUAUUAUUUUGUGCGCGUGUAUUUUUUGACUCUUAAUAGAUAAACGAAUAAAUUAAAUCUGGUUUUUUAAAACUAUCAAACGGAAAGACUUACGCGAAUAUAUAUAUUGAAAAAGGAAUAAUAAUUGCAAUAUGUAAAUAAAAAUGUGUUGUUGGUUUAUAUGCUUUGCUUUACAUGAUUAUAUAUACAUGGUUUCAUCUUUGAGUUAUAGAAAAUGUGGUAAAUUUGAUUUUAAUUCAAAUAAAAAAACUGACGCAAAUAAUAACGGUAGUUUUGUAGGACAAGAUAAAGCGAUAUCACUAUCCUUUAUAUGUAUCAGCUUGUAUAUGUUUCAUUUGUUCACGAAAGAUUUAAGUAGAUCGCAAGAAACUAAUCGUACUAUGCUAUUAAAAUAAGUGCUUUGAUUGGAGCAUAGCGUUUCGAUUCGAAGUAAUUUGACAACUUAAAAGUACCGCAGAUAACUCAGACAGCACGAUCUUUCAAAGAUGGUCGGCAAAAUCUUGAGAUGGUCUUGGAAAAAUCUUAACUUCUAUAAAUUGGUUUAAGUUCAGAAUAUCCUAAAGACAAUCUGAGGACUUUUAAAUAUCCGCAUAAUCUUCAAGAUAUCUUUGAAGAUCUUGUUGUCUGGGAAUAAUUAUAUACUAGUAAAAAUGGAAGUUUUAAUAAAUCUUAUGAAAAUAUUUUUAUAAACUAUUUUAAAACGGUGCGCAAUACGUAUGAGUAGUUUUAAACUUAUAUAAUGAUCUAUGUACAAUCAGAAGCACAGUAUAAUGUCUUUCACUUUAUACUUUCUAUAUUCAACCAAUUAACCAAUUGUCUUUUGAUAAAAGUUAAGUAUAAAAGAUUAUACAACAGAAGAUACCACUCUUUUUGAUUGUAUAAUUUAUAUUUGUCAUUAUUACAUAAGUAAUUCUUUCAUAUAUAUAUGCGUAUCAUAAUAAUCAUAGGAAACCUUAGUAUUUCAAGGUAAAAGCAAAGAAGUCGGUUUGUUAAAGAUUCUAUUUAAAGGAAUAUAAGAAAUCGAUAUUGCAAUGAUGAUUUUAAUACGCCCCACACAGCAGAGGUGUCAAAAAUAUAUCACAGGGUUAUCCUAAAAAUAUAUUUGGGAUAUGUGAUAUCUUCAAGAUAUCCUUAUGAUAUAUUUGGGACGUUCCUGCUGUGUGGAGCUAGUCUUCAAUGUUAGCAUUUAUAAGUUAAUAACGUCAGUUACUGAUAGCUUCUAUUGUCUUUCUACUAAUAUUUGUUAUUAUUACCAAUAAACCGUUAUAGAUAGAAACAUUUCAAACGCUUGUGAUCAAGAAACGUUACCGUAUAUCUACAAAAAUAUAAACAUAAACCUGACUAGGAUAUUUUAAAGUCAUAACACAAAGCUCCGCGAGUGUAACAAAAAUAAAAUUUUAUAAGCAACAGUUUGCUCAAGGAUAAUCGCCUUGAGGAAACUGUACUAACAUUACAGAAAUUUUUUUUGCUAUAUAUAAGUCAAUAGACUUUAAGGUCAAUAGAGUCUAAGAAGACUAUACCCACAAUGCAUACUAUAUCAAAUACUAAAUAAUCUGAAAAUCGUGGUAAUAAUAUUCAUCAAAUGCAAGAUGAACGUAUAUUGCCUCCUAAUUCUGUCAGUAAUGUUUCUUCAAUAGAUGAGUAUGAUAAAUUAUAUACAGAUAGUUUGAAAGUAAAUUAAUUAUUUAUUGUUCAAACUAUUAACAUUACAUUAUAUUUUUACCGAUCAUAUAUCCAAAAUCACACACAAAAAUUCAAUGCAAUCUGGAAGAUGUAACAGUCUGAAGCAAAAAAACGACACAGUAUCGAUAAGAGUAAGCAACAUAAACCAGAAGCCAACAGUUCCCACCUUAUCCGACAAACAACCAAGUAAUCGGAACAAGAGAUGGGUAAAAAUCAGUUGUUUAGCCAGAAACAUUUUAAAAUCACGAUAGAAAAUAAUAGAAAUAAUAUUUCGAAGAAAACUUCGAAUUGUAAGAGCUGGAACGUGAACGUUUCCUUGAUCUGGCAUUGGAUAUACAAGAUGAAGAACUUAAGCCAUCACGGCUUCUUUCUUCCUCUGCAAUUAUAUUAUUAAAUUAAUUAUUUUAUUUGUUCUUCUAAUCUUUUUAUUUUUGUUUUCAUCUUUUUUGGCACCCGAUUUUCUUUCAAUUUUAGUUGCAAAAUUUACAUUCUGAAUGCUUAUAUUUUUCUUAAAAGAUACGUAUGCUUUUCGAGAUAUAGGCUGAUUGACCAAAUUAUUAAUUUUCUUUUUUGUACUUUUUCUUCCAUUUUUACCUCAGUAUAAUAUUUUUAUGUCAAUAAGAUAAAACAAUAAAUGAUUUUAAGAUAUCUUAGGUUUAGGUUUAUAUUUCUGUAGAUGACUUUGAGACAAGGGUAAAUUGCAAAUGAGACACGCACAGCUUCGACAAUACGUAAGAUCCACGUACAUAUAUUCUUACGUGCAAUUCGAACAAAUAAACAGUGUCAAGACAUCUUCCAAUUUUUUGUAAUUAUUUUUAACUGAUCAUCUCCACAAUAUAAUCUUCAACCUUAUAAUGAUAGAAACCAUAGAAAAUAGUAAUGGGAAAUGAAGGAAAGACGAGUAGUAUAUGUGGGAGGUAUCGAAGAUAGCAUCGAAGAAACCACAAAAGCAGAUCUACGUAAACGUUUUGAAAAGUUUAUGUAUUAUUGCAUAUACACAAAAAACGAAAAUAAUUAUACACAUAUACUUACUACGUUCGAAUUCAUCGCUCCGUGCACUGUAAUUGCUUUACCCUUCUAUUGCAUAACAUAACACGCACGCGCACAUUCUUUUCUUUACGGGAGCGUUUGAAAUGUUUCAUAUGUUUAUAUCUAUAAUAAAAAAAGAUAAAAUUUACAUUGAACAUUAUUAUAUGUUCAUAUUUACGUUGAAUAGAAGCUAUUAUGGACAAAUAUGAAAUAUUUUAGUUUAAAGGAAAAAUGAUACGAUCGUGAAAUUUGUAUCGGAACUAUAAGAUCAAACUCAUCAGAACACGUCAUUGCAAUACGAUCAUGCAAUUUUUUAGAAGUGUUUUACGAUAUUACCGUUUCAGCAGUGUAUCUUUUGAUAUCACUAAUGUUAAUUUCUAUUUUUACUAGUAUAUUGUAGGUACAUAAAUAAUCACAUUUCUAUUUGUAGACUAAUUUAUAUUAUUUACACGUACAUAUAUUUACAUUUAAUAUAUAUAUAUAUAUAUAUAUAUAUAUAUAUAUAUAUAUUUAAUUAUAUUUAAAUAAAAUUUACAAUCAUUAGACAAUAUAUAUAUAUAUACACAAUUGUCAAACCAAUUUUUGACGAUUCAGUGCCUGCUGUAAGAGAUCGUCAAAACUGCUAUUGUCCACCGGUGAGUUGGAAUUACCGUAUGAACUUCCACUACCAUCUAGAAAAAAAGAAAUAAAAAGAUAUAAUCGCUAUAUCAUAAUAUAAAUUCAAGAAUGUUAAAAAAUUAUUUUUAAAAUUUUGUAUUUAAUUUUAUUUAUGAUAUAUAUACACACACAAAUAAUUAUAUAUUUAAGGUAAUGUAUUUAUACGAUUACGCGAAUUUAUUAUGUAAAUAACUGUGCAUGCAUGUACAUGAUUAAUUGAUUAUAGAACCCGUUCUUACCAAGAUCCGCAUAGUUGACUUGACAAAAAGCUCUACGACCCCCGAAAGAUAGAUGAUACUUGAGAGCUUGGCCGUCGUUACCGUGUUCUACGGCUUUGUACGCAUCGUCUUUAUAUUCGAAUGUGACAAAGCCGAAAUUUAUACUGAAACACAAAUUAUAUAUUAUUGUAUAUUUCCUGACAUGUAUAUAUAAUCAUAUAUCGUUCUAUAUUUUCUGACAUGUAUGAGAGCAAGAAAUAUGCAACAACACAAUAUGAAUAUAAUAGAUAAUGGAAAACAUCCAAUAGUCAGCACUUCACCAUUUUUCAAUAUACUUGCGCGUUGUUGGAUAUUAAAAUGUAUAAGGAUUUAAAAGAAAAAAGUAUAAGUAUAAUAAUAAAUAAUAUAAUUGAUAAAUAAUUAAUAAAUGCCCGUAUAUUUUGAUAUUUGGUGCGAUCCGAGCAAAAGUGCCAAAAACUGAUGAGUAUUGUGACGAGUGCCUACGGGAUGUUUUUCCCUAUUUUGAGAAGUCCGCAAAGUAGAGAAAAUUACUUACGCUUGUGUACGAAAAUGGAGACUAACUUCCACAAUACGACCGAACUUUUCAAAACGUUUGCGAAGUUCGGCUUUUGUGGUUCCAUCUUCAAUGCCUCCCACGUAUACGACUCGCCUUUCCUCCACUUGCCGUUGCCAUUCCCUACGGGUUCUCUCGUUGUAAGGUCGAUGGCUAUAUUGUGGAGGUGACCUGCUAAAAAUAAUUACAAAAAAUUUGAAGACACUUUGUCUCAACACUUUGUCUAUUUAUUCAAAUGGCAUGCAAGAAUUUUUGUCAUUUUUAGCUUCUAACGUUACAAUUCGGUAUGGUCGCAGCGAAUAUCCCGGAGCUUUAAAAUAGGCGCAACCAAUCUGUGUUAAUCAUUUUUUACAUAUUCAGAUACAAAUAUGCUCCUAAGGUUAUUUUUAGCAGUCUGUAUGUGAGUGCUACGUCGUUAUUUUUAGGUCAUAAUAUUUACCUUCUUAAGUCUCGAUCUUUGCGGGAUUCUCUCCUAUAUUUUUGAUCUCUAUCGUACUGUCGUUCACGAUCGCUUGACCAUCUUCUACUUCUUUUACUUCUUGAGGCAGACGGCGAUCUAAAAUAAAAUUAAUUAAUAAAUUAAGUUUUACAACUUUCUGUUCGCAUCUAUUUAACUUAUUCGUGAACUAACAUUUUCUGCAUUUUGCAUAUAGGAUAAUUCCGAUAAACAAUCUAAACGACUGUUAAGUCAUUUGUAAAACUGAAUUAUAGCUAUUGUUUCUAUUAUGUGAAAA